ACCAUGGCCACCGUAACCAGAGACGAUUCCGACUACGACAGCAGCUGUUCUUCAAUCACGGUGCCGGACUCCAGCCGGAGCUGGAUGAGCAACCUCAGCUUUGGCAGCCGGAGCUCCGUCUCCGUCUGUUCCUCCGCUGACACCUCCCACAAGCCUCACAAGGCAAACCAAGCCGCCUGGGAAGCCAUGAAGAGGCUCCGGGGCGAGAAAGGGCGAGUGGGGCUGGACCACUUCCGGAUGCUCCGGCGGCUGGGAAGUGGGGAUAUCGGUAAUGUUUAUUUAUGCCAGAUUCGGAACCCGGUGGUGGGGUUGCCGCAGAGCUUUUACGCGAUGAAGGUGGUGGAUAGGGAGGCUCUUGCUAUAAGGAACAAGUUGCAGAGGGCUGAGAUGGAGAAGGAGAUACUGGGUAUUCUUGAUCACCCCUUUUUGCCUACUCUCUACGCUGAGUUUGAUGCUUCGCACUACUCCUGCUUGGUUAUGGAGUUCUGUCCUGGUGGAGACUUACACGCUGCUAGGCAGCGACAGCCCGGAAAGCGGUUUAGCAUUUCUUCAGCAAAGUUUUAUGCUGCAGAGACUCUGGUGGCUCUGGAGUAUCUCCACAUGAUGGGUGUUGUUUACAGAGACCUCAAGCCCGAAAAUGUGCUCGUCAGAGAGGACGGCCACAUCAUGCUUUCGGACUUCGAUCUUUCCCUCAAAUGCGACGUGGUUCCCAAGCUCCUGCGACCAAAGCCAGACCAAGAAGCCACUGGGAAGAAGGUGAAAAGCUCGACACCUUCUUGUGCUACACCCAUGCAGCCAGUGCUCUCCUGUUUCUCGGCCUCCAACAAGAAAAAGAAAGGUUCAGUCAGAACAAUAGUAGCAUCCCAAGCUGAUGACGUCCAAGAAAUCGAUCCAGAAUUGGUGGCUGAACCCAUCAACGCUCGAUCCAAGUCCUUCGUAGGCACCCACGAGUACUUAGCCCCGGAAGUGAUCUCAGGACAAGGCCAUGGAAGUGCAGUGGACUGGUGGACUCUCGGGGUGUUCUUAUACGAGCUUCUCUACGGAAGAACACCCUUCAAAGGUGAAAACAACGAAAAAACCCUCAUCAACAUUUUGAAACAGCCCUUAACCUUCCCAAGAAUUGGAGUUAGCAGUAGCAAAGAGUUUGAAGAGAUGGUCAAAGUCCAAGACCUCAUUAGCAAGCUUCUGGUCAAGAAUCCCAAGAAAAGAAUCGGAAGCUUGAAGGGCUCCGUAGAGAUCAAGAGGCACGAGUUCUUCAAGGGUGUGAACUGGGCAUUGAUCAGGUCAGUGAAACCACCAGAGGUCCCCAGAGACCAUCUCCAGAAGAUCAUAAGGAGUAGAGCUUCCUUACCAAAGCUCAGCAAGAAAGAAAGAGACGCACCGUAUCAGAUCCCUCAUCAUUUUGACUACUUCUAACUGUAAAUAUCAUGUAUGAAACAUGAAUGACUACCAAAGAAAGAGUUGUUCUA